GAACUCAUAACAUAUGCCAAGAAUUUUCUGUUAUAGGCCCCACCAAAUCAAAAGUAUUGAAAAUAUCGGAAUCACCGUCAACUAAAACCAACCUGAAGAAAUUUUAAUUCCUUGGGGGCUUUUCAAGGUAUAUGGCCAGUUAAGCGAGGGAAACGAAAUUCGUCAUAGAGAGCUGAAGCAGGAUAUAAAGAGGCUUUCGCCUGAAGGAGAAACCCAUAAAGAAUUACUAAAAGUUCUGAAAGCAGCUGACAUGGAUGAGAUUGGUGGGGAAGAGCAUCUAAAGCAAAAGCAUAUGGGAAAGCCAACUGCUGAUAUAGAAAACAGUUGCCCAGAGAAGGCUGACCUCGAUCAAGAACUGAUUGAGACUGAGAAGGAGAACCAUGAGGAGGAAAACCCCGAAAAAGAUUUAUUGAUUCGCAAUGGGAGGCUCGGCAUUCUGGAAUUGAUCAACGAAAAUGAGGUAACUUUGAACUCGGCGACCUCUUUCCUACAUAACUUGCUUGAACAGACACAGGGAACUGCGCCGGACCAUGCACAAUUUUUCCUAAAAGAGAUACUCGAAGAGCAGAAAACCAACUCGGACCAAGAAGAUGACUUAAUCGAGGCGAUGCCAAUGGGAGAAGACGACGCCACAAAAAAGUGGAUUAAAGAGUACAAAGAAAAGAAUCCGAUGACCAUCUUGAGCGAUGAGGAUUUGGACCAUUUGGCCAACGGAGAGUCCAUUUUUCUGGAGAUGACACACGACCAGAUGCAGCAAUACAACGCCGAGCAAGACCUUAGAUUGGAAAUGUACCUAUUUCUGUGCAACGGCUUUGUCAAUGGUCUCUUAAUGGCAGUUGGUUGCCUCAUGGUCGGCACCACUCUAGAUUAUUUGUUUCGUUAGGCACCAGCCCCUGCCGACAGGGGAACAAUA